AUGACUCUCAGGCCAAUUGGCUGGAUAUGUGGGGAGCUGGUCAGGAAAUUUGCUGGACAAGCCGAGAUAAUACAGAGAGCCUUCUUGGAAAUUAUAGAUGAACUGAGGGAUGAAUUUCCAAACUUACUGAGACUGACAAGCUCAAACCAGCAAAACGAUCGCACUGUGCAGCGAUCUGGGUCAGUUGUGGCAAGGGUGUUCUCUUCAGAUCAUGGAGCAAUCAUUAUGAAUGGGCUAUCUAAACUAACCCACUCUUCUAAGUCAAUUGCUAAAUUCUUGCAGCCACACCUUCUUCGAAAAUUUGCAGAGCUAAAUACGUUAUCGUAUCGUCUCUUGGAAAAACUGAAUGCUCCCAAACCACCUCUAUAUAAAAUGAAGGACAGAACAAUGUUCUUUUAUGAUGUCAUAUCCUAUCCAGCAAAAACUGCCCUCACCAGUGUAAUGUGUGUUUCUUAUGCGGCACUAAUUUAUCUGGCAGUCUCCAUUAAUAAAGUGCUGGGAAAAAUUAAAAACAUCAUUGAAAUGGAAAAGACCUCCAGGGAAAGCAGCAGUGAUGGUUUUGAUGCAGAUGGAUUUCCCAGAGCCAGGGAAGCAGGAAGCUACUCUGCAACUUCUCCCACAGAACAAGUAUCUUCAGAGUUGACUACUAAGGCAUCGCAAAACAGUGGAAGCAUCCAUACACUACUUUCAGCAAUAGAUCAAGAAAAUGAACAGUAAUAAUCCUUUGCAGUGUGCAUAGCUGUGAUCUUUCUGUUUGUGCACCAACUGUUUUAUUCAAUACACAAAUAUGUGAAGACAGCCUUCAUUUUCCAUUAAACAAAUGCACCAGGCCUUAUGCAGGCAACUGAGACAAUAUCUUUCUACAAUAGUUUGUUAAUUGAUUUCCAAUUUUAAAUUUUAUAUGAUGUUAUUCUGUGUUUAUAUAUGUUGUAAACAGCUUUC